AUGCAGGGGAUAGAGAGGAGAGAGGCGGGAGGGGUCCGAGAGACAGGAAGGGCAGACGGAAGGCAGGGGACAGAGAGGCGAGAGGGGUCCGAGAGACAGGAAGGGCAGACAGAAGGCAGGGGACAGAGAGGAGAGAGGCGAGAGGGGUCCGAGAGACAGGAAGGGCAGACAGAAGGCAGGGGACAGAGAGGAGAGAGGCGAGAGGGGUCCGAGAGACAGGAAGGGCAGACAGAAGGAAGGGGACAGAGAGGAGAGAGGCGAGAGGGGUCCGAGAGACAGGAAGGGCAGACAGAAGGAAGGGGACAGAGAGGCGAGAGGCGAGAGGGGACAGACAGAAGGCAGGGGACAGAGAGGAGAGAGGCGGGAGGGGUCCGAGAGACAGGAAGGGCAGACAGAAGGAAGGGGACAGAGAGGCGAGAGGGGGCAGACAGAAGGCAGGGGACAGAGAGGAGAGAGGCGAGAGGGGUCCGAGAGACAGGAAGGGCAGACAGAAGGAAGGGGACAGAGAUGAGAGAAGCGGGACGAGACAGGGAGGCGGGACGAGACAGUGAGGCGGGACGUGACAGGGGGGCAUGA